GUCUCGGUCCUUGAAGCGGGAGACGCUGUGGUUCUUUCAGCUCAAAAGCCAAUUCUCCAGAGACAAAUGUUGGUACAAAGGAAAGGUUGCUUUACUCAGAAGGCCAGCAACCGGGGAGAAGGUGGACUGGUGUCCCAGAACGCACUCCGAAGAUUCUGCUCAGCCGUGACAGUUUUUAAAGGGAAGAAGGAGAAAGAAUCUCAGAAUCGAGGCAGAAGGUCAAGCUCUGCGUCAUUUUCCAUUGGUGGUCCUCUAAGACGGCCGGUCUGGACCCUGCCCGGGAGGCUGCCAUGGCAUUCCCCCACCUGCAGCAGCCCAGCUUCCUGCUGGCUAGCCUGAAAGCCGACUCUAUAAAUAAACCCUUUGCACAGCGGUGUCAAGACUUGGUUAAAGUCAUCGAGGACUUUCCAGCAAAGGAGCUGCAUGCCAUCUUCCCGUGGCUGGUUGAGAGCAUUUUUGGCAGCUUGGACGGCGUCCUGGCUGGGUGGAACCUCCGCUGCUUGCAGGGUCGCGUGAGCCCUGUGGAGUACAGCAUCGCCAUGGAAUUCCUAGACCCCGGGGGCCCAAUGAUGAAGUUGGUUUAUAAACUUCAAGCUGAAGACUAUAAAUUUGACUUUCCUGUCUCUUACUUGCCUGGCCCCGUGAAGGCGUCCAUCCAGGAGCGCGUGCUCCCCGACAGCCCUCUGUACCACAACAAGGUCCAGCUCCCCUCAACCGGGGGCCUUGGCCUGCACCUGGCCCUCAAUCCAUUCGAGUAUUACAUGUUCUUCUUUGCUUUGAGCCUCAUCACUCAAAAGCCGCCCCCUGGGGCCCUCCACGUCCGCACUUCAGACUGCGCCUACUUCAUCCUGGUGGACAGGUACCUGGCAUGGUUCCUGCCCACAGAAGGCAGCGUGCUCCCCCCUCUCUCUUCCAGCCCGGGGGGGCCCAGCCCCUCACCGGCUCCCAGGACGCCAGCCGUGCCUUUUGCGUCCUACGGCCUGCACCACACCAGCCUCCUGAAGCGACACAUCUCUCAUCAGACGUCUGUGAAUGCAGACCCCGCCUCCCACGAGAUCUGGAGGUCGGAGACGCUGCUCCAGGUUUUUGUUGAAAUGUGGCUUCAUCAUUAUUCUUUGGAGAUGUACCAAAAAAUGCAGUCCCCUCACGCCAAGCUGGAGGUCCUGCACUACCGACUCAGUGUCUGCAGCGCCCUCCACAGCCCUGCCCAACCCAGCCUCCAGGCCCUCCACGCCCACCAAGAGUCCUUCAUGCCCACCGAGGAGCAUGUGCUGGUGGUGCGGCUGCUGCUGAAGCACCUGCACGCCUUCGCCAACAGCCUGCGGCCCGAGCAGGCCUCACCCUCCGCCCACUCCCACGCCGCCAGCCCCCUGGAGGAGUUCAAACGGGCCGCCGUCCCGAGGUUUGUCCAGCAGAAGCUCUACCUCUUUCUGCAGCACUGCUUUGGCCACUGGCCCCUGGACGCAUCGUUCAGAGCUGUCCUGGAGAUGUGGCUGAGCUACCUGCAGCCCUGGAGGUACGCGCCCGAGAAGCAGGCCCCGAGCAGCGACUGCCAGGCCCGGAGUGUGUCAGAGAGAUGGGCGCCCUUCGUGCAGGAGAACCUGCUUGUCUACACCAAGCUCUUCCUGGGCUUCCUGAGCCGCGCGCUGCGUACGGACCUCGUCAGCCCCAAGAACGCACUCAUGGUGUUCCGCGUGGCCAAGGUCUUUGCGCAGCCAAACCUGGCUGAGAUGAUCCAGCGGGGCGAGCAGCUGUUCCUGGAGCCCGAGCUGGUCAUCCCCCACCGCCAGCACCGGCUCUUCACGGUGCCCACGUUCACCGGCAGCUUCCUGUCGUCAUGGCCACCAGCCAUCACCGACGCCUCCUUCAAGGUGAAGAGCCACGUGUACAGCCUGGAGGGCCAGGACUGCAAGUACACCCCAAUGUUCGGGCCCGAGAUCCGGGCACUGGUCUUGCGUCUGGCUCAGCUCAUCACGCAGGCCAAGCAGACGGCCAAGUCCCUCUCUGACCAGUAUGGGGAGAGCACGGCGGCUCGUCCCUUCCUGUCAUGGCUGGGCUUCUACCCCGCGGACACCAAUGGCUCUUACCCGGGCAACGACCUGGACGAGAUGGGGCAGGACAGGGUCCGCAAGACGGACGAGUACCUGGAGAAGGCCCUGGAGUACCUGUGCCAAGUGUUCCGGCUCAGCGAGGCCCAGCUCGCCCAGCUCACGCUUGCCCUGGGGACCACGCAGGAUGAGAACGGGAAGAAGCAGCUCCCAGACUGCAUUGUGGGCGAGGAUGGACUCAUCCUCACGCCCCUGGGCCGGUAUCAGAUCAUCAACGGGCUUCGGCGCUUUGACAUCGAGUACCAAGGGGACUCGGAGCUGCAGCCCAUCCGGAGCUACGAGAUUGCCGGCCUGGUCCGAGUGCUCUUCCGACUGUCCUCCGCCAUCAACCGCAGAUUCGCAGGUCAGAUGGUGGCUCUCUGUUCGCGGGCCGACUUCCUCGGCAGCUUCUGUCGCUACCACCUCCUGGAGCCUGGGCUGUCGGACAGGCGCCUGCUGAGCCCCGUGGGGCGGGGGCGUGCGGCCAGCCUUGCCCGGGGCCCCCGGCUCAGCCUGCGCUUCCUGGGCAGCUACCGGACGCUGCUGGCCCUGCUGCUGGCCUUCUUCGUGGCCUCUCUGUUCUGCAUCGGGCCCCUGCUCUGUGCCCUGCUCCUCGUGCUGGGCUAUGUCCUCUAUGCCGUGGCCAUGACGCUGCUAACCGAGCAAGGCAAGCUGCACCAGCUCUGACUGCGGGCCGGCCGCUGCCCCCGGGCACCGGGGAGGCCACUCUGCACCCAACACCUGUCACCUUCGUGCUUCCAGGGGGCGUUUUUUUGCAGCCCUGGAACCAUCUGAAGAGAACCUGAAAGCAGAGGGCAGGGCCAGGCAGAGAGGUAGCCACGCGGGGCGGGCAGCCUGCCGGCCCUGGGCCUCCCCCUUUCCUCAGCCAGAGGGCCUGCAGGGCGACGCCUUUCUUUUCCUCAGCGUGUGAAGCUCAGGAGUUGGGCCUCCCCGGAUGGCCUGCGGCCUCUGCCCUUGCCGCCCUGGAGGUGGGCGGUGAGACCCCAAGAUGGGAACCCAGCCUCUGGCUCCAGAGAAGAAUCAGGCCCUAAAAGAGAGCCCUAAGAAAAUUAGACAAUGGUUCUCCACUGUUUCAUGAUUUUAAACCUGAUUUUGCUGCCGCGUUUGACAAAGCUAGGGCCACUGUAUUUUCCCAGUUGUUCCAAGUCUGGGCCACAUGCCUGCUUUUGAGGAGAGACCCUCCGAGAACACAGAUGCCCCCAGGCCAUGGAGCAGGUCGUCAGGGCCGUCACCACCUUGUUCCCUGUGGGUGGUCUACAACCAAAGAUGGUCAAAAGCAUCAUUUGUAUCUUCAAUCAAGCGCUCAAAGACAUAGUGAUUUUUUGGUAACAUUUAAAUGUCCAAAGUAUAUGAUGAAUGCGAGUUCACUGUCAGAAAUCCUCACAGCAUCUCACACGCGUUUCAUUCUACAGAUGACGCACCAGGGAGAACUUUUCAACUGAGAUUUUUAAAAGCCUUAGUCUUUGGUGUAUUUUUUUAAGUUUUCAAACUGUAAGUAUUGGACUUUGUAUUUUGAUGUAAACUCAGAGUAGUGGCAUUUGGGGCCUGUGACCAGUAACCAAACCAAACUUGUAACCGACCAUGGAUCUGAAUAAACCUGUUCUUGGUCCUGA